CCUGAACGCAACACACGGUCUCAUGUAAAGCAGUAGGAGUGCUGUGGGAGGCGGCAGCGGUGCGGGGGAUGGGACAGUGAAUGUAACGAGCUGGAAGGAGACGGUUCCAUAUUUGGGUGAAAGAGUAGGAGAAUAAUGAUGCCGCACGUGGGGGCUGUGUUUGCAGCAGUUGCAGGAGUCAUGGCGAUCAUGCUUCACUCCUCCAUACACAAAAUAGAGGAAGGACAUCUUGCCGUGUACUACAGGGGCGGGGCUCUGCUGACGGUGCCCAACAGUCCUGGAUAUCAUAUAAUGUUGCCGUUUAUUACCACCUACAGAUCGGUUCAGACGACACUACAAACUGAUGAGAUCAAGAAUGUGCCUUGUGGAACAAGUGGUGGUGUGAUGAUCUAUUUCGACAGAAUUGAAGUUGUCAACAUGCUAGUUCCAUCAGCUGUUGUGGACAUUGUGAGGAACUACACCGCCGACUAUGACAAGACCCUGAUUUUCAACAAGAUUCACCAUGAACUUAACCAGUUCUGCAGCGUGCACACUCUCCAGGAGGUCUACAUCGAGUUAUUUGAUAUAAUUGAUGAAAACCUGAAGACGGCUCUGCAGAAAGAUCUUAACGUCAUGGCUCCUGGACUGACUAUUCAGGCAGUGCGUGUGACCAAGCCCAAGAUCCCUGAGGCCAUCAGGAGGAACUUUGAGCUCAUGGAAGCAGAGAAGACUCGUCUGCUGAUCACAGCUCAGACUCAGAAGGUGGUGGAGAAGGAAGCAGAGACAGAAAGAAAGAAGGCCAUUAUCGAGGCUCAGAAAGUGGCCCAGGUGGCUGAGAUCCAGUUCCAACAGAAAGUGAUGGAGAAGGAGACUGAGAAGAAGAUCUCUGAGAUCGAGGACGCUGCCUUCCUGGCGAGGGAGAAGGCCAAGGCAGAUGCAGAAUACUACACUGCUGCGAAGUUCGCCGAAGCAAAUCGGUUGAAGCUGACCCCAGAGUACCUGGAGCUUAUGAAGUACCAGGCCAUAGCUGGCAACAGCAAGAUCUACUUUGGCCAGGACAUCCCCAACAUGUUUGUGGAGGGGAACCCUACGGCCCCCAAAUCUGCUCGGCCCGGUCAACACAAGGACAAAGCAGACAUGCUGGACGUGAACCGGGACGGUCAGUAACUCACCUUCUUCCUGUGGAGAAUUAUUUCGCGCUGGAUUGGAACUCCAGAGAGGAAUGUGAACAACACUCUUCAGUCUUAAAUCUGAGAAGGCGACGUGUGCAAGGAGGAUCAGGAAGUUAAAAGGGAACGCUUCAUUUUUUUCACUUUUAUUUCUGUUUGGAAUGUUGAAGAAUCGUUUUAAAAGAAUGAUCGAUUGGUUUGGGAUCAGAAGCAACAUAAAUUCUAAUGCCUGCAAGGCGACGGCGAGCGGUCGCCCUAAUCUUCAUCUGCUUGCAUCCAGUGCAGUGUUUUAUUACUUUUUUGAUCACUUUAUUUGUGUACUUUAUAUGCAAGGUGAGUCUUGUUGUGCGGGUCGAUUUGCUCGAGCUGAACUGGAACGUUUCAGGUUUCACUAAUUAAAGCCGGAGUGUCAGCGGAAGUGAGCCUCCACUGUUCAGUCAUGUUUCUGUCUGGCUUCGUCUUGUUCUGUCCAGUGCUGUCUCAUGGUGUAGUUGGUCUUCAUUUGGUAAUGGGGUUGGUGUAGUAGUGGGAGCGGCCACCGCAGACCAGCAGGACGCACUGCACUCAUAGCUGCCGCGGCUGGUGGAAACAUAGGGGAGACGUUUCUUUUUGUUUUGGUUUGUUUUUUUGGUUCUGAGAGAAACGUUCAGUUGCUAGUGCCUGUACAUCUUCUCAGGAAACCAACUCUAAAGAGGAUGCGACCAGUUUACAAGUGUCUUAAAUCAAUCUGUGCCCGUGAAGGAAAUAAACUAGUCUCCUGAUUCCACCAAUCAUGUUUUAAGAAAUUGCUUGGUGGCAGAGAAUCUAAACACGGUGAGAUGACUAUAGUUACCGCACUGAAUUAAACUUCCUUGAUUUCUGUCACUUGGAUGAUCCUUUUACCAAAACCUGAAUUUGGAUACCAAUCUUUGUCUUACAACUUUAACGUCUGCACCCAGUAUCUGCUUAGGUUACCUGCAUUCACCACCACCAACAAGUGCAUGUUGAUUAUAUAUAUCACCACAAAUGUAUGUAUGUGUGUCUCCCAAUAAUUGAAAUGACUUGGAAUUAUUAUUAUUGGUCAGCUAAAUGUCUAUUAUCUACAGCAAUUAAAUGUCCUUAAUAUCACAAAUUAUGUCAUUAAUAUUGCUGACAAACAGCGCUGUUUCUAAAAACUCAUCAUGUUUCCCAACUCUCACCUCAUCUGCCAAAUGACCCUUUUUUUUUUAAACUGGAUCCCACAUUGUUGAAAACUGCUUUCUAACAAUCAGUGAACGGAGUGUGCAAGGAAUUUGUGCCAUGUGUUGCUUUUGAAUGAUCUGGAAAGAAGAUGAACCCAAUUUAUUUUUGCUUAAAGUUCUGAUGAUGUCAGUCCAAGUUGGUGCUCCGUUGCUCUCGCCCAGCAAAAUGUUUCUGAUGCUUCGAACUGAUGUUGGUGAAGUUUGGUGAUCUGUGAGUGAUGAAGACGAGGGUUCGGUGGGUGGUGGAGAGCUGUACUCUGGGGUUGCUGUGGUGGUGGGUUUGUGUUAAAUAUGCACAUUUGUUCACCCCUGGAAUGAUUCUUUCUCUCCCCUCCAUAAUUUUGUACAAUCUGUGAAAUGAAAACGUGGUGUUUGAGAAGAUUGAUGAUAUGCAAGGUGUUUCUAUGUUUUGACAACAUUCUUAUGUGAAAUAAAACCUAUUUUGGUACUGCU